AUGGCAUCCAAGGGAAUUCUGAUCGCCAUUGACAGAGGGGGCACUUUCACAGACGCCUGGGCUCAAAUACCUGGCCGCGAGGAAAAUGUCAUUCUCAAAGUACUAUCUGAGUCUCCCGACGAGUACAGCGACGCACCAACGGAAUGUAUACGACAGGUUCUGGAAAUCGCAACAGGAGCCAGCAUCCCCCGCGGGACUCUGCUAGACCUGGAAUGCGUCGAAUCAAUUCGCAUGGGCACCACAGUUGCCACAAAUGCACUUCUGGAGAGGAAGGGCGAGAGAGUCGCCUUCAUCACCACCAAGGGCUUCCGGGAAGCUCUCAAAAUUGGAAAUCAGGCCCGCCCAGACCUAUUCGAUCUCACCGUGAAACGUUUGGACAAGUUAUACGAAACCGUUAUCGAGGUAGAUGAGCGUGUGACCAUCGAAGGAUGGGGCGAAAAUCCAGAACCAACUAUCAUCGACAUUAGUGCCGAUGUUGACCUGCGGGAAGGUAUCACAGGGGAGGCCGUGAGGAUUCUCAAAGGCCCAAACCUCGAUGCAGUCCGUCUCGAUCUGAAGCGUCUCUGGGACCAGGGAUUCCGUGAUGUUGCGGUUGCCCUCAUGCAUUCAUACAUGUUCCCCGAUCACGAACUUGCCGUCGCAGAUCUCGCCAAAGGAAUGGGCUUCAACGUUGCUGUGUCCUCCAAACUUUCAUCCAUGGCAAAGCUGAUCCCGCGGAGUCAGUCGGCUGUCGCUGAUGCUUACCUUACGCCUGUCACGACACGUUAUCUCGAGAGUUUCCGAAAAGGCUUCAAGGGCCUGCUCGAAGACAAAAACGGAAACAAACUAUUCCUCAAUCAGUCAGACGGCGGUCUGACUAACUUCAAAAAUUUUGCUGGCCUGCGCGGUGUCCUCAGUGGACCCGCUGGCGGUGUCGUCGGCGUCUCAAGGACUUGCUAUGACCCCAGUGACGCAACACCAUUGCUCGGAUUUGACAUGGGUGGCACUAGUACGGACGUGGCCCGAUACUCAGGCGAGCUUGAACAUGUGUUCGAGAGCACACUCGCGGAGAUUUCUAUCCAGACACCCCAGCUCGAUAUCAAUACUGUCGCUGCAGGUGGUGGUUCCAUUUUGUCCUGGGAGAAUGGUCUCUUCAAGGUCGGCCCGGAGAGCGCUGGUGCCAACCCUGGGCCAGCCUGCUAUGGAAAGGGAGGACCUUUGACUGUGACAGAUGCCAACCUCUUCCUCGGUCGGAUUAUCAAGGAAUCAUUCCCCAAGCCUCUCAACACGGACAUAGUCACUACUAUGUUCCUGGAUGUAACGGCCACCAUCAACGAGGAAAAAGAUGGCGACUCUCUCCUAACACCGGAGGAGGUGGCUUGUGGCUUUUUGUCCAUCGCGAAUGCAACUAUGACACGACCAAUCCGGACUCUAAGUGAAGGACGUGGCUAUGAGACUGCCAACCACAACCUGGCUUGCUUCGGUGGUGCUGGUGGCCAACACGCAGUCUUCGUGGCCCGAGAUCUCGGUAUUCGUCGCGCCAUCAUUCCGCGGUACUCCAGCAUCCUCUCUGCAUACGGUAUGGCUCUUGCCGACGUGACUGUCGAAAACCAAGAGCCCGAGUCCCUGAUUUACCACCCUGAUAUUAUGCCAAGGGUAGAGUCUCGCUUCAAGAAGCUUCGGUCACAAGGCGAGCAAGGCCUAGCUGCCCAAGGUUUCGGCCUGGAGUCCAUUGAGCAUGAGAUGUAUCUAAACAUGCGGUACCGGGGAAGUGACACGAUGUUGAUGAUCCGACAACCAGAUGAUCUUGCAGAAUUUGGAGCAGCAUUUACCCGUCGACACGAGCAGGAAUUUGGCUUCUCCCAGCAGCGCGAUAUCCUGGUCGAUGACGUCCGUGUUCGCAGUGUUGGCAAGGCUAAAGACGUCCACACCUCAAACCCUUUCGCUGAGCUCCUGAAGCUCGAGUCGUUGUCUUCCCCUGAGUUUAGCGAGCAGUCCAUUUCAAAGGUCUAUUUCGAGAACGAGGGGUGGGUCGAUACUCCCAUGUAUGACCUUACCCAGCUGCCGACCGGUGCUCGGGUCCAUGGCCCAGCCAUGAUCAUCGACAAGACUCAGACAAUUGUGGUCGACAGCAACAGCAAGGCUAUCAAGCUCCCCGAGCACAUCAUUCUCGAGAUCACUGAUAGCGAGCGUAAGCCUGCUAGUACGGAGGCCAUCGAUCCAAUUCUUCUCAGCGUCUUUAGCCAUCGGCUGAUGAGUGUGGCCGAGCAAAUGGGCAACGCAAUGCAAAAGACAUCCAUCUCGGUAAAUAUCAAGGAGCGACUUGACUACUCUUGUGCCGUCUUCAGUGCCAGUGGAGGUCUUGUCGCCAACGCACCUCAUAUCCCGGGUCAUCUCGGAUCCAUGGCCUCGGCAAUCGCAUACCAAGCCAAGCGGUACAAGCCAGGCGAGCUCAAGCCUGGUGAUGUGAUCCUGAGUAACCAUCCGAUAGCGGGUGGAACUCAUCUGCCGGAUAUCACUUGCAUCACGCCCGUGUUUGACAACGACGAAAACCCGACAAAGAUUCUCUUCUAUGUGGGCAAUCGUGGCCAUCAUGCUGACAUCGGCGGUAUCAUCCCCGGGUCAAUGCCGCCCAACUCGACGGAGUUAUGGCAGGAGGGAGCGUCGUUCGAGUCGUUCAAGAUGAUCAAAGAGGGUGUUUUUGAUGAGGAAGGGCUGAUCGACAUAUUGUACAACGAGCCCGCUAAGUAUCCCGGCUGCAGCGGCACACGUACCCUCAAAGACAAUAUCGCCGACCUGAAGGCCGCUGUGGCGUCCAAUCAGAGGGGCAUUCAACUCAUUCGCUCACUUGUUAAUGAGUAUACUUGGCCUGUCGUCGAGUUUUAUAUGAAUGCGAUUCAAGAAAACGCUUCUCAGUCGGUGCGGGAGCUGCUCAAGGUCUUCUCGGAACGGUUUGAGGGUGCCGACCUUGAGGCCAUCGACUACACCGACGACGGUACGCCAUUGGUACUGCGUAUUUCCAUCAAUUCGGAGACCGGAGAGGCCAUUUUCGAUUUUACAGGCACCGGACCUGAGCACCACGGUAAUCUCAACUGCCCGCCAGCCUGCAUGUACUCUGCCAUUCUUUACUGCCUCCGUUGCAUGAUCUCCUCCGACAUACCACUCAACCAGGGCUGUCUGCAACCCAUCAAUAUUGUCUGCCCGAAGGGCACACUCCUGACACCAUCCUUCACAGCAGCAACAGUCGGGUCGACAGGCGAGACGACAAACCGCGUCAUCGACCUCAUCUUCAAGGCGUUCCACACAGCCGCUGCAUCGCAGGGAACAUGUAACAACCUGACCUUCGGGUACGGAGGCAAAGAUGCCGUGACCGGCGAGAUUCUCAAGGGAUUCGGAUACUAUGAGACGAUUGCCGGAGGAGCGGGAGCCGGCGCCGACUGGGAAGGCGAGAGUGGUGUGCACACAGGUGUGACAAAUACCCGCAUUGGUGACCCCGAGAUUUUCGAGAGACAGUAUCCAGUGAUCCUUCGAGAAUUCUCCAUUCGGAAGGGCAGUGGUGGAGCCGGGUUGCAUCGUGGAGGUGAUGGCUGCGUUCGCGACAUUGAGUUCCGCAUCCCCGUCCAGGUCUCGAUUCUCUCAGAAAGACGUGUCAAUGCACCAUAUGGCCUUGCUGGUGGGUGUGAAGGCAUGCGCGGUGUUAAUAUAUGGGUCAGACAUGAUCCUAUCACUGGGGAGGUGCGCCAUGUUGGCAUGAGCGGCAAAUCAUCGGCUGAUAUGCGUGCGGGAGAUCGCAUCAUUGUCAACACCCCUGGUGGUGGUGGUUAUGGCAGAGACCCCAUGAUGAGGGAACCGAAGAAACCGAAGGGGGAGUUCAGAGCGCACGAGAACUUCCUCAGGAAUCCGGCUUUGUUUAGGGCAUCAGGAAGUCUCGCGAAUAGGCAGGCGCUCGCCGCAUCCAAUUAG